AAUUUAGCAAUGAAAGGAUACAGUCUGCUCCGUACAGUAUACAACUGUCAGGCAGCGGCAGAGAGGGAGAGCGAGCGCAUUGUGCCCGGAGCCGCAGCUUAGAGACGAUGUGAGCAACUUCAGAAGGAAGGUUAUGUCUGAGUGUGUCGGGGAGAGGGAGGACGGAGGAGAGAGAAACAAGAGAGGAAAACCCCACAGACCGUAAACAGGGCACCCAGCCAUCGCAGAAACACAGAGUUGAGGGAGGGGGAAGAAGAGGAAACAUUUGCAAGAAUUGUUGUGUGCGGCAAGAAGGCGCUUCGCUCUCAUUCUGGGGAGCCAGCUAAAAACAUGGCGACUGUACCAGUCUACUGCAUCUGUCGGUUACCUUACGACGUAACUCGAUUUAUGAUUGAAUGCGAUGCGUGCAAAGACUGGUUUCACGGCAGCUGUGUUGGCGUUGAAGAGGAUGAAGCACCAGAUAUUGAUAUCUAUCACUGUCCAAACUGUGAAAAAACUCAUGGCCAGUCUACGAUGAAAAAGAAAAAGCAGAAGUAUGAGCCGAUACAUACUGUGGAUAUUACACGACCAGUUCAGAAUGGAAGCCAAGUGUUCAUAAAAGAGCUCCGAAGCCGGACCUUCCCCAGUGCGGAAGAGGUUAUUCAAAGGCUGACUGGAACUCAACUAUCCUUGGGAUUUCUGGAAGAAAAUGGUUUUACUGGACCUAUUUUGGUUGCAAAGAAGGACGGUUUGGGAUUAAGUUUGCCACCACUGACAUUUUCUGUUAGUGACCUUGAAAAUUAUGUUGGCCCAGACAGAGUUAUUGAUGUUGUAGAUGUCACAAAACAGAAGACCUGCAAGUUGACCAUCAAGGAAUUUGUUGACUACUACUAUAGUGCAAACCGGAAGAGAGUUCUUAAUGUGAUUAACCUUGAAUUUUCAGAUACAAAAAUGUCUAGUUUGGUUGAAGCUCCUGAAGUUGUCAAGAAAUUGUCCUGGGUUGAUAAUUUAUGGCAUGAUGAUUCGCUUUUUGAAAAGCCAAAAGUUACAAAAUAUUGCCAAAUUGGUGUAAAGGACAGCUACACAGACUUUCACAUAGGCUCCGGGGGCUCUUCUGCUUGGUACCAUCUUCUACGUGGAGAGAAAAUUUUUUAUUUGAUUAAGUCAACCUCUGCAAACCUUGCUUUAUAUGAAAGAUGGAGUUCGUCGUCGAAUCAGAGUGAAAUGUUUUUUGCAGAUCAAGUGGACAAGUGCUACAAAUGCACCCUGAAACAAGGACAGAGUUUGUUUAUUCCUUCAGGCUGGAUUUAUGCAACAUUGACUCCAGUGGACUGCUUGGCUUUCGGUGGACACUUUUUGCACAGUCUGAAUAUUGAAAUGCAGUUGAGAGCCUAUGAAGUGGAAAAACGAUUGAAAAUUUGUAGUCUUAUCAAAUUUUCAAACUUUGAAGUUAUAUGUUGGUAUGUUGGCAAAUAUCUGCUUGAGACAUUCAAAGGUUUGCACAAAUCUGGGAAGCAGCCUCCAACCUAUCUGGUACUAGGAGCGAAAGCUCUAAAUGGUGCUUUCAGGGCAUGGACCAAGAAACAGGUUAUAGCUGAUCAUGAAGAUGAGAUUCCAGAAACUAUUAAAACAGCACAACUUAUUAAAGAAUUUGCCAAAGAGAUACGAAUAGCAGAGAGUGCACUUAAAACAAAUGAAAGUGAGGUGAGUGAUAUUAUCAGUACAGCCAAAAGUCCUGCUGUACCUGCCAAACUGCCAGCACAUACAGGAACAGCAUCUAUUGAAAAGCCAGAAAAAAAGAAAGCUUCACGGGCCAAAGAAGGAGGAAAGAAGAAAGGGAAGAAAGAAAAAGAAAGUACAGUAUUAGUUCCAAACCUUGACAUUCUUGAGGCACACACAAAGGAGGCUUUAAUUAAAACUGAAGUGCCAAAGAAAGGGGGAAAGGCUUCAAAAAAUAUGUUAACUGUGGCUGGCAGAGAAAGUGUUAACAAUCAAAAUGAUGUAGUAAAAUUUGGAAUACAAGAGCAGAACAAAAGCAAAGCUGAAGUGAAAUGGAAAUAUAAGAACAGUAAGCCAGAUUCUCUGCUCAAAAUGGAAGAUGGAAAAUCAGACAAAUUGUUUUUAACAGGAAACAAAGACAAUAGCAAGCUCAAGUUGGUGUUCACUAAUAAAAAACUGUUGAGUUGUAAAGGAGUGAAGACUCAAACAAAAUCUGUAAAGUCUGAUCAUGUGUUCGGCUGUUUGCAAAAUAUUAAAGAAGACAAGCCGAAACCAGUAAAAGAUGAAUACGAGUAUGUUUCAGAUGAUGGUGAAUUACAGAUUGAUGAAUUUCCAAUAAGAAGAAAGAAAACUGCUUCUAAAAGAAAUUUAACAUUUUUAACAAAGACCAAAGAGGGUGUGGGACACACUGAAAUGAGGGAACCUGUGGUUCAACACCGUUCUAAUCAGGAUGACAAUUCAUCUGAUGAAGAUUCACUUCAUAUUGAUACUGAGGCAAAGCCAGAUCCUAGCACUGACAGAAAGAGUGAAACCAGUAGUUCUGCUGGGAUACUGGAUCUGUUACAAGCCAGCAAACAGGUUGGCGGUCUUGAAUACAGUGGAAACAGCAAGGUUGUUAAAGCAGCAAAAGUCACCAACUGUGAUAUCACUGAUUUCAGCCAACCACCAGCCUCACCCAGCACACAAGAAGCCAUCCAGGGCAUGUUGUCCAUGGCUAAUCUCCAGUCCUCAGACUCCUGCUUACAAACUUCAUGGACCAGCAACCAAGUUAAAAAUAGCUCAUCCAUAGUUCAAGGAUCAAAGAAAACUGGUAGCAACAUUAAUAAGCACACAGGGAAACGAUUAGUCAAAAGCACUACACAGACCACUAUUGACAUUAAUGAUUAUGAAGACCAGGACAGCCUAGGAGCAUGUUUCAAAGAUUCUGAAUAUGUUUAUCCAUCACUUGAAUCUGAUGAUGAUGAUCCAGUUUUCAAAUCCAGAUCCAAAAAGAGAAAAAGUGCAGAUGAUACACCCUGGAAUCCUACAGCCAGAGUUACACCAUCUGUUCCUCGGCAUGACAGGCCAACACGAGAAGGGGCAAGGGUUGCCUCAAUAGAAACUGGAUUAGCUGCAGCUGCUGCAAAGUUGUCUCAACAGGAACAACAGAAAGUCCAGAAGAGAAAAUAUACGAAGAGGAAGGUGUCAUCGGAUGAUUCAAUCAAAAUCCCUGAGGAAAGUGCUUCAACAGAAAUGAAGACUGACAGCCAUGCAGGAAAACGAUUAAAGAAGGGUAUGGCAACUGCUAAGCAAAGACUUGGAAAAAUACUAAAAAUACAUAGGAAUGGAAAACUUCUACUGUAAAGUUAGAAAUGAGAAAUAUUUUCAGUUAAAUGUAUUGGCCUGACACUAAUGCCGUUACAUGUGUGACAUAAUGUUAACACAUUUUAGAUCAUUCCGAGUUAGAGACAGUGUCCAUUUCAAAUGUAUCUACAGACCAUCCUCAGAGAGAGUGCUUUUGUGUGGUACUCUAGUAGAUUGGCUCCACUUGGUCUGUGGCAUAAUUGCAAAUGCUUGUUAGUGGCAUUUGAUAUCUAUCAAAGAUGUCAGAGUAAUCCACUUAAUUCAGCCGAAUCUUCUGUUGGAGCAUUUCUAAGCAUUAAAUUACAGAUGGUGGAAGAACAAAUGAAUUUGGAGAUACUACCAUUUUUUGAAGAAUGUCAGAAACAAAUUCAUAAGAAAGGCUGUCCUUAAAUGAACAGUAGACUUUGUCAGAGAGUACAGUAUUAAACUGCUGCCUUUAACCUGAGUAAAUGGAUACUGUUUCUAUAAAUUUGUUUCUCAGGCAAUUCCACAUUUCAGAUUUAAAGGAACAUUUAAAAUGUUUUUCAUACUAUAAAUCCUGUAAAUAUGGUCAAAGAUUAAUCUUUAUUGCAAAUUAUCUUUGAGUUACAACCCUAUAUAUCCAUUGAUUUUUACCUUUUUUACAUUUUCAUCUUUUAUGAUAAAAAUGUUGCUUCUUUUUUUGUUUGCUCUUAUAAUGGAACUUAUUUUUUAUAGUAGGCAUUGCCUGAAAAACAAAGACAUUACUUUGUGUGGCCUUGCAAAAAUAAUCUCUUGUAAGUAGUCACAGUACAUCAGCAAAGGUAACACAUUAUAGAGGAGCUUUGUAAAUAAGGUUACAGUUUUGUUCUAUAUGAGCUUAUUAUUUUCAAUUUUGCAUUAUAAUGCAAUAUGAAGUAUUUUUGGUCUUAACUGGUGGUGUUUAUGUCUAUGUGACUUAUCUGUAAUUUAUUAAUAUUUGUAGCUUUUUAUAUUUGUACAUUUCUUACACACUUUUUUUUUAAAUUUUUCAACUACUUGUGAUGUCUGUUUUUUCUUGAAUUUGUUACAUAAAAAUAGUCCUAAAGGGUCUUUUUUUUCUCUAAAUCAUCGGUGAAACAAAGUUACAUGAUUUUUUGCAUUUUAUGUGGUGUUAUAAUCCUGCCAUAGAGCCUGUGCUUUUCUUCUAUGUAUAUUUAUAAUUUAGAUUGGUAAUUAGGUAGUUCUUUAUGAAAGCCAUUCCUUUUUACCUUGUCUAUUUGAGUUAAAGCUAUAUUGACUUUUUUUUAUUUUAUACAAUCUUUAUUUUUAAGACAUAGUUUCUGUAUGGAAGUUGCUUAAAGCUUAAAAUAGCAUUUAGUUCAUUUUGGUCAUAUGUCUGUUAACGAUUUUGAUUUUUAUGUGUUAUUUUAACGUUUAAUAUCUUUUUAUGCUGCACAUCCAAAUCAUCAGCUAUAAUGGUAUCUCUUUAUGUUGUAGAAAAAUGCUCUCAAAGAAAUUUAUAUCAAUGAAUGAAACAUUGAGUGAGAAAGGCUGCAGUUAAAAUUAACAGUGAACCUCAGGAAUAAAGUAAAAUAGGUUCCAGCCGUCAGUGCACCUUUUGAGUCUCUCAAUAUCUUGUAUAUGGAUUUUCUUGCAUACCUGACAUGUUUUUGAUAAAUACACCUUUCAAUUUUAAAACAGAAGUCUGAAUGCUUUUAGUAAAAGACAUGAAAUAUAUAUUAAUCAUCUCAACAUUUUUAACAGUUUUAAAGCUGCAAUGUGUAUCGUAUUGAUGCUUAAAGCUUUUCAGACUCAAGUCAAGUUAGUCUUUUUAAUGUCUGAACAUACUGCAACUUUAUUAUAAAAUCCUUUGUAGCUUAUUAAGAAAAUAAAGUAUUUAUGUUACCAAGUUUCACUCAUGGCCCUAGAAAGAGGGGCAUUAUGGUUUAAUAAAUUGCAUUUAUCAGAAAUGCUAGGACACAGUUUUUGGAGUGAAAGUUGUGGUGCUGAAGUUUGAACUGACCUCCAGAAAUCAAAGCCACCUAAAUUCAAAAUGAUGGUGUGCGUGUCAGUGUAGAAAGUUGUUAGGAAUGAGACUUUGUGGUAAAGUAGGUUAGACACACUGGUCUUUCAUCACUUAAGUUCAGCCUAUGUUGAAGGAAAUAUAUGUCAGCUGUAAUGGUCCUAUGUGAAAUAUGCUUGGGAAAGUGCAACCUAAUUGAUAGUCGACGUAGGCACACAGCAAAAAAGAGUCCUUCAUUUGAUGCUGGUAGGCCACUUGCCACACUUACAGAACAGCACUUCUUAAUAUGCCAGCAUGACACAACAGCUGGUGUGGGAAAUAGAAACUUCACAGUGGUGCAGUGUGCUAUAUUAAUGUUAGGACAGAAUGGUGAGAGCUUUACAAAUAUUCAAUUUCCUGACAUUAACUUCCCUUGCCUUGAUAAUUGCAAAAAUAGCGUGAUGAUAAUUGUAAAUGUUCAAUUAAUACACACAGACUACACAGUAGGAGGUGAAUUAAUUAAAAGGAGUAAUAUAUAGAUAAACAGUGAUUAUUUUAAUUCAGUUCAUGCAAGCCGAAAUGAAGAAGUAUUGUUUAACCAAAAUGUGUAUGUAUUGAAUUACACUUUAGUAAUGCAACCUAAAAUACAAAACUGCAAAUUUGACCAUCUCUAUAGCUGCCGACAGCAGCUGAUUAUACUUGGUUAUAUAUUUGGUUGCUUUUGACAAAAAACCUGAAAUCGUUUAUAUAAUUUACCCACAUAUUGAGAAAGAAAUCCAUGACAAGCAGCACAGUAAUGUCUACUGAUUUCUCACAGGUUUUUUUGUAUUUAUAUUAGAUCUGUUUCCAUAUGGCAUAAUAUACAAUAAACUGGAAAUGGGGAUUAAAAAGAAAAAAAGCUUUCUUCUGAAGUUGUGAAAGUAUACUGUUUGUUACUGUGUAAUACAGUAGGAAAACAAACUGGCUGAUAAAGGAUAGAUUAGUAAUAGCCACUUUAUACUUUGCACCAUAGGUCAUGUUUUGUAUUCAAUUUUUAUAAGUUCCACUGCACUAUGAAUUACAACAGAAACACUUCUUACAUUUUUAUUUUAGCUACUAUUAUUGUGUACAUUGUCAAUAAAGUAAAUAACCUGUAUAGAAUGUGUUUUAAAACUGUUAAAAAUAAAAUCUACAUACUCUUCUGUUUCAUGUUUCUGCCUUUUCAUGUCCUUUUUAAGCACUAGUCAUUUGAACACAUUUUAAUGAAUUUACAGCAUUGAUGCUGAAGCAGUGCAGAAUGCUGAUGAGAUGCCGCAUUAUGGUGCAAAAUUAAGAAGUGGUUAUAGCAUUUCUAAGCAGCAGAUUAAAACUCUUUGUACAUUACAUUUGAAUACUGUCUUUUCAAGACAAGAUCUUCCUGUAUCCUUCAUAAUUUAAUAUCAUCAAAAUAAUCUGAUGUUAUUUACAAGGAAUAGAUGCUAACUUCAACCACUGGACAUCUGGUGGUAGUGGAUCAAACCACCCAUUACUCAUCCAAAAAGGAAAGUUUGAUGAAUUGUUCAAUGGGUGACUAAUCACUACCUGGUAGUGCAAAUGAAGAUUUAUCUGAUAACUCGCUGCAAGAGUCUGCCUCUAAUGUUUUUAGUUUGCACUCUUCUGUGGCUUUCACACUUCAUUAUGUUCUCUAUUUCAAACUCCAUGUCACACUGAUUUUAUUU